AUGACGAGGGCUAAACUUGGCUGCAAGGUCAUACGAGAAGCGACUCAAAUUCGUGCUUCUCCUGCUUCUCCGGCUCCUCCAACAAGUACCGCUUCUCUACCCCCAACAGCGUUGCCUCUGUCUACGUCAAAGGUAUUGCCAGUCGGCCCGCCAUCUAAACCUUAG